AUGACGACCAGCACGAAUGUCGAAUCGGGAAUAUCAAAAACACCAUCAUCUUUGAUGAUGUCUUCCAAUAAAUCAAUGAUGGCCUCCUCCAAUGAGACAAACCUUUCGGAGUUCAAUCCUUCAUUAUUGUACAGCUUUUGUACUGGUUGCUCGGAGAGAUAUUUAGAUGGCGAUCAUGGAGGAUACCCUCCGUUUGAAUUUGUAGAAAAUUGUUUUAACGAAAUGGGAAAGAAGGGAGAAAAGGAUAAACAUUUUAUUGCUGAUUUAAUUGUUGGGCUAGAGAGAUAUUCAAAAUUUAUUGAUGUCUCUUUGGAAAUAUUUUCAAAAAGUAUCGCAAAAGAGAAUGAGUUUAUAAUACUUCAAAGAGAGAAGAUCGACUACUCUGUUGUUCUGUACACCAUGUACUUUUUAUUUCCCUCAAUUUUACCUUUAGAAUUUGUAAAGGAUUUUUUGUCAAAUGCCAUGACGCCUUCAAAGAGACAACGCUUCAUACUCUUCAUUUACAAUUCGCAAAACUUGGCCACAUUAUUUAUGGAAGAGUGGAGCAAGCUGUAUGAAAAAGAAUGGAUCGAUACUCAAAUCUUAAGUCCAGUUCGGCAGAAUGAAGAUGCUAUCUCUUCAUGGGCUUCUAAAAUCGUUGGCAAAGACAAGCCACCCAAGAAGUCUGACACAGUGUUUGAACCCUUUAAUUUAACGAUGCAAAAAGAAAAGAAAAAACCAGUUGAAGAAGUGAUUGAAUAUACAUUUAAAACUAAGGAAAUUCCUGAAACCACCUAUAAACCAGAGAAUCCUGCUGUCGCUAAAGCCCUUGACAUGUACAAGGAGAGCAGAAAGUCUAUACCGUUUCUAGACGAAAAGAUUUUAGAGAAUAAUAGGAAGGAAAUUUCGAAACUGAGAGAAGAAAUGGAGAGAGCCAAAGCGCCGAAUGCCUCAUCAACGCUCUCAAGAUCAAGAAAAAAAGACACCUCCGAACCAGCCAUGGAACGCGUCACCUCACCAAAACCAGUGAUCAAAGACAUUGAACAAGUGAGGAAAGUGUUAGAUGCACCUGCCAAUGUCAAACUGAAUGCUGCAGCAAUAUUAAGAGAAGAAGCUCUUAUUCGGAAGAAGCAAGAGAAGGAAGAAGAGAUGCUGAGAAAGUAUGAAUCAGAACUGAGAGACGCAUCUGCUUUCAAGUCAUGGCAAGAAAAUAUGAAGGUUCAAGAUGAAAAGAAGUAUUUAGAAGAAAUCGAAAGAAAGAAGAAGGAAGCGAUGGAGAGUGACAUUAAUGCUCGACUCGUACGAGAUAAUAUUGCCGAGAAAAACAACAAACUUGCUGUGGAACAAAAGAAAAAGCGAGACGAAGAAAUUAAAGAGCUGAAGGAAAAAUUAGAGAAAGAACAAAAGCUCUUGGAAGAGAAAAACAAGGAAUUUGCCAAAGAAAUUCAAGAGAAAAUUCAAGUGGUGAAACAUGAAAUCAAGAAAGAAAAAAAGAGAUCCGCCUAUGAAAUUAAGAAGGAGAGCCAAAAGAAUGAAAAGUUCAUCAAGCAACAACAGGAAGAAGAGCAACGAAAGCGUGAGGAGCUCAUCAAACAAAUUCGAGCUCUUGUAAAUGCUCCAAAAAGGCAAACCAAGACAUUUGAUCGAACAGAAACAUCAGAGGUGGGAUUAUUGGCUGAAAUGUCUAUUGUUCAACUGAAAGAACGGUUAGAAGAGUUGAAAAAGCUUGAGGAGCAAGAAAGAGAGGAACGAAAAACAAACAUUCUCUCAAAAAAGAAAGAAAAGGAGAUGGAAAUGCAAAACAAACUAAAUCUUUUGAGAAGGCACAGAGACCAAAUGAAAAAAGAAAGAACAACGAAUCGAAUGAAAAAGCUUGAAAUGAUCGAAAUGCACACCAAGAAUGCAGAAGAAUUACGAAAAGAAGCGCUUCUGUCCCUGAGUGAAAAGUUAGAACAGAAACGGGAACUCAAACUUAAAGAACAACGACUUCAAGAAGAACUCAAACAAGAACGACUGAAAGAGAAACAACGACUUCAUCAAGAAAAGGAAAAUGUCAUCAAAAAGCAUUGGGAGAAUCAAGAAAUUGGAGCUGAAAGAAGUGCUCUGAAACGAAUCGAACAAAGCAAGAAGGAAGCACCAAUACGCAACACUGCCAAGAGAAUUGGUUUAUUGAAAUCGUCUUCCAUGAAAGAUAGAGACAAGACCAAUCCUAUUGCGUACACGGUGGGAGGAGAUAGUGAGCAAGACCAGCAACAAACCAAUGCAUCAACCCCACGCGAUGAAACUUCCACCACCCUCCAACCAUCUUCUGAAUCUUAUGUGCCUCAAGAGUCGUCAUCAUCAUUGCCAUCCAACACCACCAACAAUUCCACCACCAUUAUGGACAAGGAAGCGACAGCUGUGUUGGUGUAA